CCCCGCCGUCGGCUGCCAGUCUCACGCACCCACUCCCCUUCCAAUCCACUCCCUCCAUCCCCGGAAAACGCACCAAAAGGACGCAGCACCAGGGGCCCUUUUGCAGUGACUGCUGACCAGGACAAACCAGCCGCUGCCACACGACCACUUCCCUCGCUUCCAUCCUCUCACCCCCGCCUCCCCUACCUUACCUCUACUUCCCGUCUUUACUUAUACGCUACACUCCCUUGGUACACAAUCCAAGGUCAAGGUUGCACAACCACCAAAUACUCGUCCCAACCCCGAUUUCCGCGAUCCGGCCGAUCCGUCAUCACCUAUAGCCCGCCCUCUUUGUCUCCAUCAUUCAACUUGAACUCGAGGAGGAAAACAAAGGCAGAAAGGAAGACUUCACUUUCCAGCCGACAACAACACACACCCUAGUAUCUAUUAGCGACCUCGACCAACACCUCGACCAGCAAGCCUGUCAUGCGCAUGCAGCGACAAUAGAUUCACCAGACUUCGAUUCAAUCGCUCCUCCCCCCCUCACCUCACACCAAUCGCUAGCGCCCAGUUUCGCUGGUGAUUCCGCCAUCCGCCGCCCAGAAUGCAGGACUUCGAACCCAUCCUCGCCCCGGCCAAGCCGAAGCAGAAGAAGCUUCCCUUCGGCUGGCCGCCAGCCCUCAAGCUCUCGACUCUCAACCCAGUACCUCAGCGCCGGCGGUUGCGUAGGAAAUCCACCGCUUCGCAGGAUAAUGUUGCCGCCCUCAAGACCUCGUUCGACGUGUGGGAGAGCAUAAAAUCUCUGCAGACAAGGAAAUGGAAGAUUUACGACAUCCAGCAUGUUGUCUGUCUUGGCUUCAUCCUCUUCUCGCUGUUCAUCUUGCCCUCGGCCCCCAUCAUCAAGACGGCCGUCCUGCUCGCUCUCGGCGGCCUGCUUCUGAUGCCCAUCACCCAGCAAUUCUUCUUGCCCUCCCUUCCCAUCUGGACGUACUUGCUGUACUUCUUUGCCAGCCGAUUCAUUGCCCCUGAGUACCGUCCUCACAUCUGGGUCAAGGUCCUCCCGGCGCUCGAGAACGUUCUCUACGGAGCCAACUUGUCCAACAUUCUCUCGGCCCACAGCCACCCUGUCCUCGAUUUGCUCGCCUGGUUCCCUUAUGGAAUCGGCCACUUUGCGCUCCCGGCCAUCUGCAGCGCUAUCCUCUUCCUUUUUGCCGCGCCCGGCAGCACCCCCGUCUUUGCUCGGGCCUUCGGCUACAUGUGCAUGCUCGCCGUCACCAUCCAGCUGAUUUUCCCCUGCACGCCUCCAUGGUACGAGAAGGCGCAUGGCUUGGAGCCGGCUCACUACGGCAUGGAGGGUUCCCCCGCCGGUCUGGCCCGCAUCGACAAGCUCUUUGGCGUCGACAUGUACACCACCAGCUUCACCACCGCGCCCUUGCCGUUCGGCGCCUUCCCCAGCUUGCACGGUGCCAACGCCGUCCUUGAGGCCCUGUUCAUGCAGUACUACUUCCCCAAGUUCAAGUACUUCUUCAUCUUCUAUGUUGGCUGGAUCUGGUGGGCCACCAUGUACCUCAACCACCACUAUGCCGUCGAUCUCGUUGGUGGUGGUCUCAUGGCUGCCAUCGCCUACUACAUCUCUCGCGUCAGGUGGCUUCCUCGCCCCCAGCUCGAGAAGCGCACCCGCUGGGAGUACGAGUAUGUCGAGUUCGGUGACCGCCCCAAGACCUACGAUGAGGAGUACGGCAGCGCCAGCGCCUACGGCCUUGGUCUCCUUGAGAGACGCACCGCCAGCGACAGCGACGAGUGGACCCUUGGCAGCAGCUCCAGCCUCGACUCCCUGAGCCGCGGCGACACCGUAUGCGGCAGCAGCAGCAGCACUCCCGAUAUCCUAAGCCCCACCACGCCAAAUGACGAUUUCAAGCAUGUCGUGCUUGGUUUGACGCCCCAGGGUGAUAUCUGGAACGGAGGCAGGCUUGCCCGCGAGAGCGAGCUGAGCGAUGUCGUUGUCUUGAGCUGAAUGAAGAAGCUUCAAACACACGUCCUAGCUUAGCACUCGUAGGCUAACCUCGUGGCUCCCGCUUAUCAUGGCACUCGGCACCUUCAUCCGGAUGUUGCUAUGGGUGAGCCAGCGAGUUUUCGGAAGCCACCAAGCACACUACACCCGCUUUGACCCAACUCGCGCCUUUGCGGACGCAUAGGGUCAAAGUCAGGGCAGUGCACGCCACGCUUCCGAAUCCCUCCUCCCGUUUCCAUUUCCCCUCUUCACCGAAUCUCACUCUCCACACGACAGAACGCGUAGUCUGUCGCUGUACGUUGUAAUGACCCCCAAAUUUUCGAGACUCUCGUUCAACCAUACACACCCUUUUUACUUAAUCUUACUCUUAUACCAUUUUACGACAUUGGCGUUUUUGUUGGGGCACUCACGGCGGGCAAACUAUUUCACGUUAUUUUACACCCUUGGAUUGUCUUUUUUCACAAUCUUAUGAUCCACAGAGGCGCACGCGCAGAUUAAAGCGGUUUUUUCUCAUAAAGCGGUUUUAAAGCGUAUUAGAACAACAAACCGGCGAUACCCCACACCACAUUUCUCUCGCUCAUAUAUAUACAUAUAUACCACCAAGCAUACAAAGGCUUUUUUUUUUUUUUUUUCAGGGAUACCGGCGGGCCAUGGGCGGCAGACAGGCAGGAAGGCAGGCAGGGAGGCAAGGGAGAGGGCAAUGGAAGGAAAGGCGGCAGGGAAAAGAAAAAGAGAUGAUGACUACUUCACUUACUUGGCCGUUCUAAUAAUUCGUUGACAAACGGACAUGAGAAAGGGACAAAGUCAAUAAUAUCCAUUAAAGCUUAAUGGUAUAGCUAGGCUCCGGGAUGGGGAAUGAUGGAUAUAAUACCAGAUGUUUUGACUGGAAACGUGGAUGCGGGAUGGAAUGACAAAUAAUGAGAAAGCAAGAACAAAGUUUACUUGAUGAUAUUGUGUGGCCUCUCCCUCACCUUGGUUGUUAAUUUUUUUUUUGGACUUUGUCCUCGACUGGGCAAUGAUGAGAGAGGCAGAGAGAGAGCGAGCGAGGGGGGGG